AUUCCAACAGAAUAAAAACAUGCCGCUUGGACUUACACUUCAAGAAAUUCUAGCAGAACUAGCGAAUCAUCAAGAGAGUGACAAAGAUGAUGAUGUAGAAUUGGCGAUUAUUCCACCUGAUGCAGAUGUAAUAACAGAUGAAGAAGACAUUGACAAAAAUGUAUUGAACAAUGAGUCUGUUGUACAAGAUGAAGCUGGUACUUUAGAUAGAACCUCUCACUUUUGGAUGUCCGACAGAGAAUAGUGAUGUUUUACCUAUGAAAACGCAGAGGACCACAAGGAAGCAAAUUGAUGGGAGGACGGGUGGGCACAGAUGUACGACUAGAUCCAGGAAAUCAAUUCACUGUGUCAAGUAAAACACAGAAGAGAGAAAACAGAGAUGUGCUUACUGCAAGAAAAAAAAGCAACAAAAACUUGUGAUAGGUUGCGAAGCCGCUUAUGCUUAAAGUACUGGAUGGAGAGAACGUCAACAAGUGUUGGAUAAAAUAUGGAAAUGCAUCGAGAAUCCAGUGGAACUAGUCAGCUGGACGAGGGCAGACACUCAGACUGUUGCCCAUCAUUGUACUUAGCAACCAACAGCGGUAGCGCAGAACUUGUCAAGUUGCUGGCCUAUGAAGUCAAAAACCUUUGGUUGACAAAUCGGUAUUCUCUCACAGUACUGCACUAUACUGGCAAUGAUGGAAGAUUGAAGCGCCUCCUACGUGCAGCUGCUCACAGUAUCCCGGUGAGAGGCAUCUUUAACACACUUCUGCUUGAGACAGCAAAAAGAGGUAACGCUUUGCGUGUGAGGCACCUGUUGCAAGCGAAAACAGAUGGAACAGCGAGGAUCACUAACAGUGUCAGUGCCGUGCUAUGCACCGUACUGAGCAGCAACCCAGAGAGUUCGAGGUAUCUCCCGAAAGUUGGCGUAGAUAUAGAGGAGAAGGAUGGUUCUGGUUUCACACCCCUAAGUUGGGCACCAGAAAAAGACAGUUCAGCAUAUGUCAGGCUACUGGUGGAAGCAUUAGCUGAUGUGCACAAAAGGAACAAACAUAAUCACACACCUAUACAUUUUGCCAGCCUGUCCAGUGACACGGAGUGUGUGAAACUACUUUUAGAAUUUGGUGCAAGGGUGGUAAAAGUGGAUAAUCGUGGUAACACGCCACUGCACUAUGCAGCAUCUGUGGGCAACGCUGAAAGUGUGGGGCUGCUGCUCAAGGCUGGGGCAUACUUUGAGGAAGUGAAUGAAGAUGGCCAGACCCCACUACACUUCGCCAGUAUGUCCGGUGACACGGAGUGUGUGAAGCGACUUUUAGAAUUUGGUGCAAGGGUGGUAAAAGUGGAUAAUCGUGGUAACACGCCACUGCACUAUGCAGCAUCUGUGGGCAACGCUGAAAGUGUGGGGCUGCUGCUCAAGGCUGGGGCAUACUUUGAGGAAGUGAAUGAAGAUGGCCAGACCCCACUACAUUUCGCCAGUAUGUCCGGUGACACGGAGUGUGUGAAGCGACUUUUAGAAUUUGGUGCAAGGGUGGUAAAAGUGGAUAAUCGUGGUAACACGCCACUACACUAUGCAGCAUCUGUGGGCAACGCUGAAAGUGUGGGGCUGCUGCUCAAGGCCGGUGCAUACUUUGAGGAAGUGAAUGAAGAUGGCCAGACCCCACUACACUUCGCCAGUAUGUCCGGUGACACGGAGUGUGUGAAGCGACUUUUAGAAUUUGGUGCAAGGGUGGUAAAAGUGGAUAAUCGUGGUAACACGCCACUGCACUAUGCAGCAUCUGUGGGCAACGCUGAAAGUGUGGGGCUGCUGCUCAAGACCGGUGCAUACUUUGAGGAAGUGAAUGAAGAUGGCCAGACCCCACUACACUUCGCCAGUAUGUCCGGUGACACGGAGUGUGUGAAGCGACUUUUAGAAUUUGGUGCAAGGGUGGUAAAAGUGGAUAAUCGUGGUAACACGCCACUGCACUAUGCAGCAUCUGUGGGCAACGCUGAAAGUGUGGGGCUGCUGCUCAAGGCUGGGGCAUACUUUGAGGAAGUGAAUGAAGAUGGCCAGACCCCACUACACUUCGCCAGCAUGUCUGGUGACACGGAGUGUGUGAAGCGACUUUUAGAAUUUGGUGCAAGGGUGGUAAAAGUGCAUAAUCGUGGUAACACGCCACUGCACUAUGCAGCAUCUGUGGGCAACGCUGAAAGUGUGGGGCUGCUGCUCAAGGCCGAGGCAUACUUUGAGGAAGUGAAUGAAGAUGGCCAGACCCCACUACAUUUCGCCAGUAUGUCUGGUGACACCGAGUGUGUGAAGCGACUUUUAGAAUUUGGUGCAAGGGUGGUAAAAGUGGAUAAUCGUGGUAACACGCCACUGCACUAUGCAGCAUCUGUGGGCAACGCUGAAAGUGUGGGGCUGCUGCUCAAGGCCGGUGCAUACUUUGAGGAAGUGAAUGAAGAUGGCCAGACCCCACUACACUUCGCCAGUAUGUCUGGUGACACGGAGUGUGUGAAGCGACUUUUAGAAUUUGGUGCAAGGGUGGUAAAAGUGGAUAAUCGUGGUAACACACCACUGCACUAUGCAGCAUCUGUGGGCAACGCUGAAAGUGUGGGGCUGCUGCUCAAGACUGGGGCAUACUUUGAGGAAGUGAAUGAAGAUGGCCAGACCCCACUACACUUCGCCAGUAUGUCCGGUGACACGGAGUGUGUGAAGCGACUUUUAGAAUUUGGUGCAAGGGUGGUAAAAGUGGAUAAUCGUGGUAACACGCCACUGCACUAUGCAGCAUCUGUGGGCAACGCUGAAAGUGUGGGGCUGCUGCUCAAGGCCGGUGCAUACUUUGAGGAAGUGAAUGAAGAUGGCCAGACCCCACUACAUUUCGCCAGUAUGUCUGGUGACACCGAGUGUGUGAAGCGACUUUCAGAAUUUGGUGCAAGGGUGGUAAAAGUGGAUAAUCGUGGUAACACGCCACUGCACUAUGCAGCAUCUGUGGGCAAUGCUGAAAGCGUGAAGCUGCUGCUCAAGGUCGGGGCGUACCCCGAGCAAGUUAAUAAAGACGGGCAAACUCCACUUCAUGUUGUUGGCAUGUCCGUAGACAUACAGAGUGUGAGACCAGUUUUGAAAGCCUGUUCCGUACUCGCAACACGUAACAAUCAUUACAACAUACCUAUGUACUGUGCAGCAGUAAAGGGCAUGACCAAGAGGUAUUAAGCUACUGUGGAGGUUGUUUGAAGAAGCUAUAGCUGAUUCACAGUUGAAAAUUACUUACUUUUGAACACCCUUUUUCAGUGCUGUGUUAUGUGGCAAUAAAAGGACCAGAGCUACAAGCGAUGCAUAAGUUUGGUAAUACAUUCUUUCAUCGUUCCAGCUGACAUGUAGCAUGGAAAUCGUUUUACUGCCAGUGAGGGAAGGUGAUAUUGUGGACAUGAGAAGCAGCAUGCUGUGUAGGCACACUUUGUUCUAACAUAACUUGACCUAACAUAAUACAUUUUCUUUGUUUUUCUUCCUCCUGUGUAUUUCUAAUGUAAUGGGAGUGAGCUACGAAUGAAUGUUGUAAAAUAUUACAAGAUUCUGAUAUUA